GUGUACGGAUUGAUUGGCAAUGUGAACAAAAUUCUGAAUAUAAGCCUAAUAUAUAAGUUAGAAAAAACGUGAUGACAUUGAAGAGGGCAUUGCAUGCCUUUGUGCUAGUUGCUGCCGUCCUCAGCAGGGUGGAAACAACAGGAAUUUGUGGUGAUGUGGCCAUUAGGAGCCAUUGGUCAGAUUGUGGAAAAUUCGUCGAAUGCGGAGGAAACGUUUCCGUUGUGUUCAAAUGCCCCGAUCGGAGUUUUUUCAAUCCAAAAACUCUUGUUUGCGAUUUUGCAAUGUAUCAUACGUGCAACGUAGAACAUAUAACAGAUCCGGAGUUAUAUUCAUCUCAAAACAUACUUGAGGCUGCCGUGGGAGUAUUAUCUACUCGUACCAUUUGCAACGAUCAGCCUUUAGGCACCAAAAUAAGACAUCCGGACAAUUGUGAUCAGUUCUACCAUUGUGCUCCAUCCGGUCCAGUUCUGUUCACUUGCCCGUCACCAACCCUCUUUAACAACGUUAUCAACGUGUGUGACUGGCCUGAGAACGUUGAUUGUGUUGGUGGUGGUGGUGGUGACGGCGGCGGUGGUGGUAUUGAUGGAGAUGGAAACUGUCCGGCUAAUUGUAUUGAGGAUAAUCGUUGCCCAAUAGAGUGCGAAUUCGAGACAGGAAUUAAAUUACCACAUCCCAGUAGAUGUGAUGCAUUCUUACGGUGUCACCAAGGAUGCGCUUGCUUCAAAUUCUGCGAUACAGGCCUCUGGUGGAGUACAGAAUUGCAGCGAUGCGUAGAUCGAUACCGUUCUGACUGCGUAGAGGUAGAACGCCCUGAGUGUCCCGAAUGUGAACCGGAUGAACGUUGUCCCCUGGAUGACGAUCCGGACAAUCCUAUUCGAUUCCCAAUUCCUGACCGUUGUGACGCAUACAUACAGUGUGUCAAUGGAAGAGGUUGUGUCGUGGAAUGCCCAGCUGGGCUCGAGUUCAAUCCUGAAACUGAAGUGUGCGACAUUGAGGGAGAAUGCGUGAUUACGACUCCAAAUACUACACCCCCAGACCCUGACACGACCACAACUCCAAUCACUACAACAACUACCACGUCGGAUUGCCCAACAUGUCCACCUGGCGUCUGCAAGCCUGAUGACCGAUGUCCAAUAAGCUGUAACGAAUGUGAACCAGUUUUGCUACCACACCCAGACGACUGUGGAAUGUUCCUUAAAUGUAGUCAUGGAUUCGCUUGCGAAAUGCGGUGUCCGGAUGGACUCCAUUGGAGUAUACAACAGAACCGAUGCGAAUGGGCACAUUGCGCUGGCUGCGACCCAACAAUUCCACCUUCAUGUGAUUGUGGCGGUUGUCCGUGAUCUCAAUUAUUGUGAUGAAAUGAAAUUCAGUUGGAAUGAUAAUAAUAAAUAAUUGAAUUGAAUGAAAA